AAUUAAUGUUGUUUUCAGUUCUCGGUAAGGAACGCUACAUAAAUAAAUGAAAGUGGGCCAGUAGUCUUACGGGCUGUAAUCGGACCCAGGGUAACACCGACCGACAACCCGACCUUUUUACGAAGCUGAUGCUAGUUGCUACAAAGGAAUUGAAGCCAUGAAAGACCAAAAUCAACAAUGGGGAAGCUCUUCGUUGCCCUCUUUCUCUUUACAUUUUUCACUGCGUGGACUGUAAAAGCUUGGACCGGUGAAAUUCAUGGCAGAGUUGUCUGCGAUGUCUGUGCCGAUGGUUCCGUUGGUCCUGAAGAUCACGUCUUAGAAGGCGCAGAAGUUGCGGUUCUUUGCAUAACAAAAUCAGGGGAAGUUUUAAAUUACCAAGCGUUCACGAAUUCAAAGGGAAUAUAUACAGUGGCUGAAACUAUGCCAGAAAGUGAACGUUGGGAUGCUUGUUUGGCAAGACCUAUUAGCAGCUUCCAUGAACAUUGCUCUCAUCUUGGAGAUGGAUUUUCUGGUGUAAAAUUUGGUUAUAAUCAUGUAUCUGGCUACUCUCAUGCUGUUAGACCUUUUGUAUAUCGACACGCUAGUAUUCCAAUGUAUUGUGCUUGAAUGUAUGAAGCGUAUGAUUAUAGUAUAAUAAAAUGGCACAAGUAGUUGUACUUAAUGUGUAAAGUUUAAAUGAUAGAUAGGAUUAUGGGAAUGAAAUUGGAAUAUGAAGAUAAUUGUUACUAUAUGUUAGGCAUUAGGUUGGUAAGAAAUGGGAUGAAAUUCUAUUUAAAGUUGAAUUAAAAUUUCACUUGUAAUUAAUAGUUUUAUUUUUGUUUAUUUUG